AUGGUCCGUCAGCGAGGGGCUUCUGCUGCAGCCUGCACCCCCUCCAGCCAGUCCCAGGGCGUGAUCCGCCCCUCUGCGCCCCAGCCUUCCCCCCCUCCUACAGCCCCCUUGAGCCCCACUCCACCCCAGCCCUGCGCUGCCACCGAGAGGCUUUGCCAGGCGAUCUGCUGCACCUUGGUGAACUGUACCUGUGAUAGUUUCAAACCUGGGAAACUGAAGAAAAGGCUGUGUGAGCACUGCAAGCAUGGAUGGGUAGCGCACGCUCUGAGCAAGCUGAAGCUGCACCACAUGUACCAGGGCAGCCAGGUGGAGAUCGUCCACUCCAACGUGGUCUUUGACAUCUGCAGCCUGAUGCUCUACGGGACCCAGGCAAUCCCAGUCAGACUAAAGAUCCUGCUGGACAGGCUGUUCAGUGUCCUGAAACAGGAGGAGGUCAUCCAGAUUCUCAACGCAUUGGACUGGACCCUACAGGACUACAUCCGAGGAUACGUCCUACAGGACAUAGCAGGGAAGGUGUUGGACCGCUGGGCCAUCAUGACGUUCGAGGAGGAGAUUGCUACGCUGCAGCAGUUCCUCCGCUUCGGUGAGACCAAGUCCAUUGUAGAGCUGAUGGCGCUACAGGACAAGGAGGGCCAGGCCGUGCUGGUCCCCAGCACCCGCACCAACUCAGAUAUCCGCACCUUCAUCGAGCGCAGCACCCCGCGCACUGCCACCAGCAACACCGUCCUGACCCCCAAGGUGGAGAAACUGUCCAAAGCGCACCACUUUGAGAACUUUAUUAAUAGCAUGGCGUUUAUGUUACCAUUUCAACUGUUGGGCUCCGUGCCAGCGCCUCUCCUGGGGUCGCCACUGGGGGCGCUGCAGCAGCAGCAAGGGGGGCAGAUGGCACAGGGGCAGAGACGGGGGGACGAGAACCCCAACGUCCUCCCCCUCCCCGGGCCGCCUCCCACCGAGAGCAGCCUGGUGGGCUCUAGCUCCGCCUCAUUCACCUCUGACCUGGACAGGGGUGGAGACAACCCUAUGGACGGCCUCUCGGCCACACCCAAGAUGGAGGCUGAGGACUUCCCCACCAGCGACAACUACUCGGACGGCCGCUCCACACCCUGCACCCCCUCCAUGAUGAACUCUGACUUUACCCAGAUGUCCCCGGAUAGCAAGCUCCAACGCUCCAUGGACCGGAACGGGGGAGGUGGGGGAGGAAGUCUCAAGAAGGGGCGUGUGUACUGCAGUGCGUGCGACAAGACCUUCUACGACAAGGGCACGCUGAAAAUCCACUACAACGCUGUGCACCUGAAGAUCAAGCACAAGUGCACCAUCGACGGCUGCAACAUGGUGUUCAGCUCGCUGCGCAGCCGCAACCGCCACAGCGCCAACCCCAACCCACGCCUGCACAUGCCCAUGAACCGCAACAACCGCGACAAGGACCUGCGAGGCGGCGGGAGCCUUUCGGCCGACGAAGACUCCGAAGCAAGCGACAAACCGCGGUCUGAGUACCCCCACUCAUCCAUCCCGGUGUCCCUGACCUCAUCCCCCGACAGCCAGAAGUCGGUUGCCAGCUACAUGGUGAGUCAUGUGGACUCCACCACCAGCAGCACCAAGCUGCACCACAGCAGCUCCUUCCCCAGCAUGGGGCACCUGGGCCACGGCAUCCUCUUCCCCAACCUGAAGACAGUGCAGCCUGUGCUGCCUUUCUACCGGAGCCUGGUGACCCCUGCCGAGCUGGCCAACAGUCCCGGCCAACACCUCCCCUCCCUCUCCUCCUCUCUUCCCCUCAAACCUACCUCCAUCACCGCCCCAGACGCCUGCGGUGCCAUCAUGGACCCUGUGCCCAAGAAGAAGUCGCGGAAGUCGAGCAUGCCCAUCAAGAUCGAGAAGGAAGCGGUAGAGAGGGAGGGAAGAAUGGGGGAGGACAGCGGUUCAGAGGACAUGAGCCCUAUACAGGGCAGGGACAAGGAGGAGUGCAGGGAACAAGAGGAGGACAAAGACGAAAAAGAAGAGGGAUCCCGGCAGGCAGAGACCGGUAUGAUCACCUGCGCCUCAUCACCCUAUGAUGGAAAACUCAACCACAGAGAGAACCACAGCCUCUCUCUGAGCAGAGACCACACAGAGACAGAGGGAGAGGAGGGCGACCAACCAACCUCCCGGCACCAAGACAAGCCGUGCGACGACAUGGACCACCGACUGACCAACGGUGGUUUGUUCAGACUAGGCGACAGAGGGAAGGAUGGACCAGAGGGCUGUAUGGAAGACUACACCGACUCUAGCCUCCUGCAGUCUCGUAUGGACUCUGAGGAGGGGCCACUGGACAGGGAUGACCUUCCACACCACUGUGAGAUCUGCAGCAAGACGUUCAACAACCAGUACAGUGUGAAGAUGCACUACCGCAACGUGCACCUGAAGGAAAUGCACAUGUGCACGGUGGCUGGCUGCAAUGCUGCCUUCCCCUCCCGCAGGAGCAGAGACAGGCACAGCUCCAACCUCAACCUCCACCACAAGCUGUUGACCAAAGACCUGUACAGCCCAUCACCCCGCUCCCUCUACUCCCCAGCCUCCCUCUGCAGGGACAAAGACCCUGUCAGCCUGGACUACCGCCAGGACCUGAGAGACCUCCAGAGGGAUAGAGAGCUCCAGAGAGACCCAGGCAGCCAGACGUCCGUCAUCUUCAGAGGACACAACCGCAUGGGCCUGGUCUUCCCCAUGAGCAAGAUGGCCAACCAAAGGACAGGGGAGAAUGCAGGAGAGGAGCUGGGAGGAGGAGGAGGGGUGGAGGAGGGGGCGAUACUGGACCUAAGUACGUCAUCGUCUGUACCUCCUCGUGGGGGCGGCAGCGCCCGUUCCUCCUGGGACUCGGAUGGGGCAGGCAGCGAGGAAGGGGAGGGGGAGGGGCUAGAGGAGGAGCCUCUGCCAAUGGAGGAGGACAGCGAUGGGGAAAGCUGUGACGAGAUUGGUCUAGGAGGCCCCGGUGGGGAAGGAUUAGGUUCGGGCGGGGAGAGGACCCUGGGCUGUGUGGGGGGAGGACAGGUGGGGCCGCAGGGGGGCGGAGGUGGCUCACCCAUUACCUGCCACGUGUGCCAGAAGGUAUACAGCAACAAGGGGACGUUCAGAGCCCACUACAAGACUGUCCACCUGCGCCUGCUGCACAAGUGUAAAGUCCCAGGCUGCGACACCACAUUCUCGUCAGUACGGAGCCGUAAUAGACACAGCCAGAACCCCAACCUGCACCGCAACCUGACUGGCAGUGGCGGCGGCACCACUCUAGACCAGGAGUAGGGCCUUGCUUCAGCUCACACAGACCCUGAUUCACUCUCACUGUAUUCUUUAGUCUUUGUUUAU